CCGGGAGUCUGUGCGGCCGCGCCGCGAGAAGCCGGAGGCAGCGCCGGUUCGUCCACACCGCACGCCCAGCCUUCUCCCGCAUGUGCUGGGUCCGAUGCUGUUGGAGAUGAUGUCGCCGGGGUACUCGGAGCUCCAGGACGGCUCUGUGCCGCUGACAGGCGGCGGCGGCCAGCCGGGCGCCCACGAUCACCAGCAGCCGCCCGCCUACCAGAACCAGGCGCAGUUCGAGGCCGACAAGCGCGCCGUCUACGAGCACCCGCUGUUCCCGCUGCUGGCGCUGCUGCUGGAGAAGUGCGAGCUGGCCACGCAGACGGCCGACGUCUGCUCGGCAGAGACGUUCUCCGCCGACGUGCAGGCCUUCAUUCAGCACCAGCAGCGCGACCGCAAGCCCUUCCUCAUCAAUCAGCCGGAGGUGGACGAGCUGAUGAUCAAGGCGAUCCAGGUGUUGCGGAUUCACCUGCUAGAACUUGAGAAAGUGCAAGAGCUGUGCAAAGACUUCUGUAAUCGUUACAUUACGUGUUUAAAGGGGAAGAUGCAGAGUGAGAAUCUGUUGCGCUCGGAUUACUACGACUCACCGGUCAGCUCACCGGGCUCUCACCACAGCAUAAACGGUGCCGCCGAGCAGCUGGUGCAUCACCAGGCAGUCCGCGAUAGGGGGCAGGUUCUAGUCUUGGGUCGCGCACAAACUGGGUCGCCGGAGGAGACGGGGUCGGCGCGCCGGCCGCCCGCCGCUGCUGUCUCGCCCGGUCUGCCCGGCUGCACGGGCAUCAGAUCUCCGUCCUCGCCGAGCACCGACGACGACAGCGACCCUGGCGGCAGGAAGCAGAAGCGCGGCGUGCUCCCCAAACACUCGACGGACGUCCUCAAGUCAUGGCUGUUCCAGCACAUGGCCCACCCAUACCCGAGCGAAGCUGAGAAGCACCACCUAUCGGCGGCCACGCGACUCAGCCUGGUGCAGGUCAACAAUUGGUUCAUCAACGCGCGCCGCCGCAUCCUGCAGCCAAUCCUCGGCCAGAUGGAGGCCAAGGCCAUCGUGGACGCCAGACUCACGGACCAAUCGGGGGACGACACGUCACAAGACGACGGCUGCGGCUCGGCCGGGCUGGGCCCCGCCGACGAGGCGGGCCACCCGGCCGUCACGUGACCUCGGCGCGCCGCCCGGCCCCCGUCCCCUCCGGACGACCCAGUUUGUGCCAUGGACAGAGCGCCGGCGCGCGGACGCGGCCAGUGAUAGCGGUGUGACGCGCGCGCACGGACUCGCGCAGCGGGCGGGGCGCGGACGCAGAACUCGGCGCGGGGCGAGUCCGCGCCGCCCGCCGCCCGUCCGCUACCGGCGGGCUGUACCUGACGCCAGCGCGGCCUCGCGGAGAGGAGCCCGGGCGCCGGCCGGCGCCGUUCCGUGCCAAUCCGGCCCCUGUCUCGACGCGACCGCUUCAAUGCCAAAGGCGUUCAGGGAUUGUGUUACCUUACGCGUGAACCAAACAGGGUCCUGCGGUCGGCUCGCCCGCCAGACAGAGAUCAGGGUAUCCGACGGCCGGCCUAGUGACGGACAGCUACGCGCGCGCGCGCCUCCCCGCCGGCUGGCGCUCACAGAACGCCGACCAAGCUGUGAUACCAGUGUAAAGCGCUGUAAAUAUCGACCACCGUGUCCAGUCGUGUAUGCCGUACAUAUAAAGCAAUAAAACUGCAUGGCUGAGCCUUGGCUGCUGGUUGGC